AUGGUGGACGAGCUCGACGUCGACGACGUGGUCGCGCGCGCGCGCGCGCGCCUCCGCGCCCUGCACGCGGCGCAGCACGCGGUGGUGAAUCACCGCGCCCGCGACGGCGUCGAUCCCGAUCUCGAGCUCAAAGCGUCGCUCGCGCCGUACGUGCGCGAUCUGUUCGCUCGCGAUGGCACGUCCGAGCGCGCGUCGGCGGCGGCGACGCGAAUGGCGUUUUGCGGAUUGGAGACGGCGGGCGAGCUGCGGUUCUGGGAGUACGGCGUCGAGUGGUUGGCCACGGCGGAGCGGCGGUUGGCGCUGUACAGGGUGAAGUGCGGUGGAUUGGACGCGCGGCGAAUGCUGGUGGAGGAUGGGUCGGGAGAGGGGGGUGACGGUUUCGAAUGGGAUUCGGACGGUUCGACGUGGAUGCCGUUCGAACUGGCGACGACGGCGACGGGGCGACGCGUGGCGUUGGAGGUGCGAGACGGCUACGCGAAGGUGCCGAAGGAAGCUUUGGCGGAGUGCUACGCGGAGCGCGUCGAGCGAGAGGUGCGAAGGGACUGCGAGAGGGUGUUUAGAAAACUGCGCGCGUGGGUGUCCGCGGGGGACGCGCCGCGCGCGUUCGAUCCGAGGUGUCGCUCGAACGCUCUGCGGGCGAUACGGACGUGGCAGCCGGCGGUCGAGGACUUGCCCCGCGUCGACGCGCGCGGGGGUGUGAGCCUUGCGAAGCGGCGACGGGCGCGGCGACGAGCGGUGCGCGUGGGUGGCGCGGCGCAGGUGGCGAUCGCCGUCGAGGCCGAUGACGUCGGUGAAGACGCCGAAGUGCAUCGAUCCGGCGAGGAUUUGAAGCGCGCUCUUGCGGCGGCUCAUCCCGCGGCCACGAAGGUGCAGACGCGUCCGUAUCCGCCGUGUAUGCGGGAUCAGUUGAGCGCUUUGCGUCGCGACGCGCACCUGAAGUAUGCAGACAGGUUUCGGCUCAAUCUCUUCCUCAAGGGAAUCGGUUUCGAAGUGGGCGAGACGCUCGAGUUUUGGCGGCGUGGCGUCUUUCCGCGCGGUCGCAUGGCCGCGUAUCAAAAGGAGCACACGUACUCGAUUCGUCACCACUACGGUUUGGAGGGCGCGAUGAAGGAUUACACUCCGCACAACUGCGAGUCUCUGGGUAAGAAAUCGGAAAAUGGGCGCGCGUGUCCCUUCGUUGGCUCCAACGUGGACGAAUUCCGAAGCGCCUCCAGCUCCAAGGAUUGGUUCGGCGAGCUCUCGUUUGACGGUCGCGUAGCGGUUGAGCUUGCUGUGCAAGCGGGCGACGCGCGAUGUGCAUGCGAGCGCGUCUUCGCCGAUUUUCACGGCGGCGUACCCGUCGGUGAGGACUUCCUAUUCCCAGUCGACUACUACGAUGCUUCGCUCGAGAUUGAGGAGCUGUAUCGCGAGCGAAAGAGCGCGUUGGCGAAGGCGCCGUCGAACGCCGAAAACGCCGCCGAAUCCGGCGACGACGACCAAGCCGAGGACGAUGUCCUCCCCAAAAACUUCAAACUCGACGUCGACGAAUUUUCUUCGGACGAUGACGACAAGUAG